AUGGGUCGCAGGAAGAUUGAGAUCAAGGCCAUCAAGGACGAUCGCAAUCGUUCGGUCACGUUCCUCAAGCGCAAGGGCGGGCUGUUCAAGAAGGCCCACGAGCUCUCUGUGCUCUGUUCCGUAGAGGUUGCCGUGAUCAUCUACGGCCACAACAAGAAGCUGUAUGAGUUUUCAUCGGCCAACAUCAACGAUAUCAUCGGCCGCCAUCAAUACUAUGGCGGCGCACACGAGCUUAAAGGGCCCGCGGACUUCAUGGGAAAGAAGGAGGGCGAUGAUGAGGAUGAAGAGGACGAGAUAAUAGGCGGCUCGCCACCACGCGACUCACAUACUCCGCCCGAGCAUAUGAUGCCCCCCCAUCUCCACACCCAACCCGCGUUCCAGCACAUGAGGAACCACGCACCCAGCGCCUCUCCUCCCAUCGGCAACGGCCAGAUUCCCUUCCACAAUCGCCAUUCGUCACCCGGCCCGCCAGGCAUCUCCCGACCCGACUCUCGCGCUGCACACAUCCGUCGCCAAAGCUCGAAUCUCGUCCCUCCCCACCAUCAUCAGCAGUCGCAAGCCCCUGUUCAACCCGACAAUUAUGCUUUCGUGCCAAACCCGCCUUUUUACAACCCCCAGGCCGCCCAAGGAAUGCCCGCUAAAGGUGCGCCAGGCCCUCCAGGUCCUCCCCCGCAGUUCCAAUAUACACACCCUCCACCUCAGCCGCAAGUCGCGCAGUUUAUGCAGCAGCAGCAGCAGCAGGAGCAAAGGCGGCAGUCAAUGCCGCCAGCUUUUCCGCAAGACAACCGCGCCCAAUCGUCCAUGCCCCAUCCUUCUCCUCCCCAGCCCCAGCAAACCAAUUUGCAAAACCAAUUUCAAAGUCCUCCCCUGCCGCAACCAAAACCACUCCCCUCAACUGCGAAGCAACAUAGCAUUUUCACUCCUAUAGAAGAUAGCCGUUCAAUGCUGGCCCAGCAUUGGGGCAACAGUAACAUAGAUGUACCUCGCCCAGAGGGCCCAGUGAAGCUCGAAAUGGGGCCACGUUCCCAGUCUAUCGACGUUGCAUCCAUGGCCCGAGCACAAGCGAAUGGACAUUCCCCACCUCAACCGCGCUCUCAGCAACCACCUAAUCACCCUCAGCGGACUGCCUCGACAUCUUCGGCGCCUAAUAUUCCUCCUCCAUCCCGGACCAAUAGCAUGCAAACUGAUCCAAAACGACCAAAGCUCACAGUGCAGAUUCCUAGCGAGCAUUCAGAUGCUGGGAGCGCAACUGCUGAUUCAUCGCCCAAGGAAUCAGGGACCACAGGCGUGACUCCAGCGAGGACAAGCACGGUAGACUCACACUCAUCAGGGGUCUUGCUUCCUCCGCCAUCACCAAGCGCUGGUACUCUCAUGAGUGCUGGGGCUACCGGUCCACCAAACCCAUUUGCGCGGCCUCCUCCACCAAACCAAAACAGUUCCUACGGGAGUAGGAGCGAAAUGGAAACGCCCAUAUCUGCUCUCCCCAGUCGGUUUGUGGAGAAUAGUCUGCUUCCUUCACCGUCCAGCUUCUAUGCUGACUGGACCUCCUUUAGAGGAGAUUCCAACAACAUGCUCCCAAGUCCUCUCACAUUUCAAACGCCUGUUGUAACCAACGGGCCCAGUUUCGGGAGAGAAGACCCCGCUGACCGGAAGCGCAAAACCUCCGAGGGGUCGGAAUCGGGGAAUACGAAAAGAAUGAAGGGAUAA